CCCCCCUCCCCCCCAAGUCGUCGUCUUUCCUCCUUCCCCUCUUGCCCCGCUUUUUCAUCCCUCCAUCGCGUUCGCCCACUCUUCAUUCCCUCUGAGGCUCCCCUCUUUCGCCCCCUCCCCACGAUGAAUGUCGAUGGUGCUUCCAAGCCGCUCUCAGCAAGCGCGCUGAAGAACCGGAAGAAGCACGAGCGUCGUCGCGCCCGGCUGAAGAUUGAGGCCAUCGAGGCUGCCGCCGAUGCCCAGUUGAAGUCCCUUGCCCUUGCGUCUGAGAAGGAGCAGCAGCAGCAGCAGCAACAGCCACAGACAGUGGCCGAAGAGUCGGUGUCAGCUGAACAGCCGCCCCAGGUCGAGACUCCUCUGGAGGUCACUGUGGAGUAUGUUCCGGAGGAGCUCCCCACCCCGGACGCCGUGGAUCCUGCCCUUUCGGAAAUGCUGGAAGUGAUGAACCGCUUCAAGCAGCUCGCCGAGAAGUCCGCCGGCCUCCAUGCCGAUGAUGAGGAGGCCCCUCGCAUCAGUCGCUUCGAUGAGGUCGGCCAGGACACCCGCGAGGAUGAAGGCGAUGAGAACGAUGAGGACGAGGAGAACCAAAUCUCUCGGAAGCGUCUGCGUCGUGUGCGCCAGCUGAGUGUGGCCGACCUCAAGCGCCUGGUCAACCAGCCUGAUGUUGUUGAGUGGGUUGAUGUGACUGCCGCAGAUCCCACCCUGCUUGUCACCCUGAAGGCCACCAAGAAUGCGGUCCCCGUGCCCCGGCACUGGGCUCAGAAGCGGAAAUAUCUGCAGAACAAGCGUGGUCUCGAGAAGCCGGCCUUCGAGCUUCCCAAGUACAUCCGGGACACCGGUAUUGUUGAGAUGCGCGAGGACCUUCGCGAGCGCGAGGCCAAUCAAAGUCUCUCGCAGAAGAUGCGCGACCGCAUGCGCCCCAAGCUCGAUCGCAAUAAGCUUCCAUAUGAGCUGCUGCAUGCGGCCUUCAUCGUUCAUCAAACUCGCCCGCCUCUGACCCAGCAUGGCGAUGUCUACUACGAGGGCAAGGAAUUCGAAGUGACCAUGCCCAAGGACAUCCGCCCGGGUUAUAUUUCCCCCCGGCUUCGUGAGGCCCUGGGCAUGCCGCUGGAGCCGCAUGACCCGUCAGACAUUAGCUUCCCCCCGCCAUGGCUUUAUGCCAUGCAGACGCAUGGACCGCCGCCUUCCUACCCUUCGCUGAAGAUCCCCGGUGUCAAUGCGCCCUUGCCUGAGCGGGCCAAGUGGGGCGUUCUUCCUGGGCUUUGGGGCCAGCCGCCGGUUGAUAGCAUGACUCGGCCGCUGUAUGGUGACAUCUUCGGCGUCUUGCCCACCAGCCGGGCCCGGCCUCGGUUCCUUCCAUACACGACGCGCGUGUGGGGCGAGAUCGAGCAGGACUUGCAGGCCAACUUCGAGAACCAGGAUGAGAUUGUCGAGGGCCAGGAUGCCGAGCACGACUACAUCGACGCCGAUGUCUUCGGCGACGAGGCCGCCCCUGAUGCUGGUGGCCUGGAGACGCCGGCAGCUCCGUUUGAUCUGCGCAAGUCUGGAACAGCUUCCACUGUGCGCAAUUGA